GGAAAUCCAGACGUGCCGGGAGCCAGGAGCAAGGAUGGCCAACUAUCGAGUGUUCCUGCUGUCCUGCCCAGUACAGCAUUAUGCCUGGGGGAAGAUGGGCCUUUCCAGUGAAGUGGCCCAGCUGUUGGCAUGCAGUGACCCGCUGGUCGUAAUCCAAGAGGACAAGCCAUAUGCAGAGCUGUGGAUGGGAACCCACCCCCGCGGUGAUGCUUUGAUUGCUGACAGCUCUAUCGACGAGAAGACCCUGGGCCAGUGGAUCAGCCAGAACUUAAACAGUUUGGGAUACAAGGUCAAGGAAGACUACAGAGAUCUGCCUUUCCUCUUCAAAGUGCUGUCAGUCAACACAGCUCUUUCCAUCCAGGCACAUCCCAAUAAGCAACUGGCAAAGAAGCUUCAUUCCCGGGCCCCCCAGCACUACCCAGAUGGGAACCAUAAGCCAGAGAUGGCCAUCGCCCUUACCCCUUUCCAGGCCUUAUGCGGCUUCCGGCCUGUCCAGGAGAUUGUGGACUUUCUUCAGAAGGUGCCAGAGCUACAGUUUCUGAUUGGCAGUGAAGCAGUGGAACAGCUGAAACAGAGCAUGGGCCAGGACCCCAAGGCUUCCUCCUCUGCCCUUAAGCUCUGCUUCACCAAAAUGAUGAAGAGUGAAAAGGCCAUCUUUCAGAAACAGCUCAAUCUCUUGGUGAAGCGCAUCUCUCAGGAAGUGGCAGAAGGCAAAGAUGUGACACAGAGUCUCGGGGAGUUCCUCCUGAAGCUUCAUGAACAGUAUCCUGGAGACAUCGGCUGCUUUGUCAUCUACUUCCUCAACUUGGUGAAGCUAGAGCCAGGGGAGGCCAUCUUCCUGGGAGCCAAUGUGCCCCAUGCCUAUUUGAAUGGAGACUGUGUGGAAUGUAUGGCAUGCUCAGACAACACCGUGCGGGCUGGCCUGACUCCCAAGUUCAUUGACGUGGAGACCCUCUGUGACAUGCUUGACUACACGUCAGCCCCAAGCAGCGCCAAACUCUUUCCUUCGGUGCCUGAUGAAAUAGACUCUUGUGUUUCCAUCUACAACCCACCUGUACCUGAAUUUGCGGUUCUAAAGAUCUUGGUACCUUCCACCAAUCAUUUCUACUCCAUUAGCACACUGGAGUCAGCCAGCAUCCUUCUGGUGGUGAAGGGAAGAGCGGUGAGUCGGUCAUUAGACACCGAUCAGGAGCUCCUCCUGCAGCGUGGCACCAUACUCUUCAUGCCGGCUAACAUGCUUCUCUCAAUAGAAAUCAAGUCAGAGGAAGACAUGCUGAUGUUCCGAGCCUGCUGUCUGCUCUAGCCAUCCUCUUCUUGCCUGCCACACUCUCGCCACUCUUAGCUCUGUGCUUUCCAGUCAGCCCCUGUUGUGUGUGUGAGCAGCUGCAAGAAAGCAGGCAGAAGUAUCCCAGUGUUCCUUAACCUCGCUCCAGAGUUCUCUGGUACAUCCGGAGGAGCUGGGAAGGGACCUGUUCUACAUGGGUGGAAGGGGCCCGCAUAGCUAUGCUUAAAGCACUCCCCCCAAAGGUGCUGGCCCUCUGCCCUUCCCAUGUUUAGCAUGCUAGGUGUUAAUGCCAGUCUCUUACCAAGGCCAGCAGGAGUCUGGGACAUAAUGUGGCACAGAGAGACUGCCAGAAACCUUCCUCUGAUUAGCCUCAGGCUUUUUUUCUGUAGAGAGGCUAGUGCUGGGCUGGCAGCAAUCUGGUUUGUGGUCAGGGCCAUCAGCAGACCAAUGAGGCGGGGAUGUAUGGUUUCUCCACAGCCCUCUGGAGAAGGAGGUGCAGGCUCAGUGGCAGUGCUGUAUGUAACACUUGCUGUCCCCCUCCAAUGCUUGCUAGAGUGCUCUGCUCCUGACAGGCUUCCAACAAGCAUUUGUUGAGUUGACACACUA